GUUGGACUUGGACCACCAUUGCGCAUCAUCAGGCAGUAUUCCCUUACCUCGCUGCUGCUUCUAGUGAAGAAACAACCUGCGGAGCACGGAUAGACCUAGACUGGUAUGCUUUGGUACGAACAGUCCAUAUUAGUCGCAACCUCCAGCACGACAGCGUCUGUAGCAAAAUCAGCUGCCGAACAACCUCCAGGAACCACCGCUCCGAGCGUGAGGAGUCCUCGUAGUAGUAGGCAAGAUGAGGGAGAGACAGCGGCGUUACAACGCGUCCUACCAGCAGCCGGACCGCCAGCUCGAACCACGGCGGCGUCCGCGGGAGCUUCUGCUCGGCGCGCUGCUGCUGGCUGCUCUGCUGCUCCACCCCGCCAUUGUUGAAGGCAUCCCCUGGGAUGCGUCGCAAGUGCCUGUGAUCGAGGACCUGAGGAAGGCCAUGACUGUGAGCGGACAGGUGGUUGCGUUCAAGGGGUGGAAUGCAGGUGACGACUGCACCACUGCUCAAGUGCUCACUUGUGACGGCCAGGGCAUGGUUACCAGAAUAAUCCUGUUCACUACUAGUGGCAAGUACUACGGCUCCAUCCCUUCCAGCAUCGGGACUCUCCUGCGACUCACCUCCUUACAUUCAGCCGUUAUUGGCAAAUGCUAACCAUGUCUCUUCUCUAGCAUCAUCUACAACGGCUGCAGAAAAUGGAAAUUAUGUAACCCUACAUAUGUG